GGAGGAUUCUUGGAUUCUUCUAGGGUUAGGGUUUUCUUGUGGGGCGACGCGGGAGGCCGCGAGGCUGGGGCAGGGGUGAGGAGGGGGGUGGGUUUAGAUUUGAUGGCAUUGGGAGAUCUGAUGGUGUCCCGGUUCUCGCAGUCUUCGGCGUCGUUGUCGAACCAUCUGGACGAGUUCUCCAGCCGGGAGGAUGGGGAUGCCGUCGGCCAUAGGACGGAUUCCGAGGCCGCGGCCGCGGCCGCGGCGGGGGCCACCACCAGUAUGGCGUACCUGCCGCAGACCGUGGUGCUUUGCGACUUCAGGCAUGAGGGGUUCGAGGAUUGUGUGCCGUUAGGGCCGUCGGAGAGCGGGUUGGUGUCAAAAUGGCGGCCCAAGGAUCGGAUGAAGACGGGAUGUGUGGCACUUGUUUUAUGUUUAAACAUUAGUGUUGAUCCACCAGAUGUAAUAAAAAUCUCUCCUUGUGCGAGAAUGGAGUGCUGGAUAGAUCCUUUUUCUAUGGCUCCUCCAAAGGCUCUUGAGACAAUUGGAAAAGCCUUGCAUGCUCAAUAUGAACGAUGGCAACCUCGGGCUCGUUACAAACUUCAACUCGAUCCUACUGUGGAGGAGGUGAAGAAGCUUUGUACUACCUGUCGCAAAUAUGCUAGGUCAGAAAGGGUCCUCUUUCACUAUAAUGGACAUGGAGUACCAAGGCCUACACCUAAUGGUGAAAUUUGGGUUUUUAAUAAGAGUUAUACACAGUAUAUUCCAUUGCCUAUCAGUGACCUAGAUUCUUGGCUGAAAACACCGUCAAUAUAUGUUUUCGAUUGCUCAGCUGCAGGGAUGAUUGUCAGUGCGUUUAUAGAGCACCAAGAGUGGAACUCUUCUGGUGCCUCUGCUUCAUCAAAGGACUGUAUUCUGCUUGCUUCCUGUGAAGCACAUGAGACUCUUCCGCAGAGUGCCGAAUAUCCUGCUGAUGUGUUUACGUCCUGUCUAACUACACCUAUUAAAAUGGCAUUACGUUGGUUUUGCUCUCGCUCAUUACUUCGUGAUUCCCUUGAUCACUCUCUGAUAGACCAGAUUCCUGGCCGCCAAAAUGACCGAAAAACCCUUCUAGGGGAGCUCAACUGGAUUUUCACUGCUGUCACUGAUACAAUAGCAUGGAAUGUACUGCCUCAUGAUCUUUUCCAGCGGUUAUUUAGGCAAGAUCUGCUAGUUGCUAGUCUCUUUCGGAAUUUCUUACUUGCUGAGCGAAUAAUGCGAGCUGCAAAUUGUUCUCCAAUUUCAUAUCCGCUGUUACCAUCGACUCAUCAGCAUCAUAUGUGGGAUGCAUGGGAUAUGGCUGCUGAGAUUUGUCUAUCUAAACUUCCGCAAUUAAUUGCUAAUCCAAAUUUGGAGUUUCAGCCUAGCCCAUUUUUCACAGAACAAUUGACGGCUUUUGAAGUGUGGCUUGAUCAUGGCUCUGAAUACAAGAAGCCACCUGAGCAGUUGCCUAUAGUUCUUCAGGUUUUGCUUAGCCAAUCUCAUCGAUUUCGUGCACUGGUGCUUCUAGGAAGAUUCCUUGAUAUGGGACCUUGGGCUGUGGAUCUGGCCUUAUCUGUUGGGAUCUUUCCUUAUGUGCUCAAACUAUUACAAACAACUGCAAUGGAAUUGCGCCAAAUUCUUGUGUUUAUAUGGACCAAGAUACUUGCUCUGGAUAAGUCUUGUCAGAUUGAUCUGGUGAAAGAUGGGGGUCAUGCAUAUUUCAUCAAGUUUCUUGACAGCAUGGAUGCGUACCCAGAACAGCGUGCAAUGGCUGCUUUUGUUUUAGCAGUUAUUGUGGAUGGACACAGGCGGGGACAAGAAGCAUGUAUGCAUGUAAAUUUAAUACAUGUAUGCUUGAGACAUAUCCAACUAGCAAGUCCACAUGAUGCACAGACUGAGCCUUUACUUCUUCAGUGGCUUUGUCUCUGCCUGGGAAAGCUCUGGGAGGAUUAUCCAGAAGCACAGUUAGUAGGUCUGCAAGCAGAUGCACCUGCAAUAAUUGCACCUUUGUUGUCAGAGCCUCAGCCUGAGGUGAGAUCUGCCGCUGUUUUUGCUCUGGGCACUCUUCUUGAUGUUGGAUCUGUCUCCUAUAGGGAUGGCCAUGGAGGUGAUGAGGAUUGUGAUGAUGAUGAAAAAAUUAAGGCUGAACUAAAUAUUGUCAAAAACCUUCUACAAGUUGUUGGAGAUGGAAGCCCACUUGUCAGGGCUGAGGUUGCUAUAGCUCUUGCCCGCUUUGCCUUUGGCCAUAGCAAGCAUCUGAAGUCAAUUGCUGCUGAAUACUGGAAGCCUCAAUCUAAUUAUUUAUUGGGCUCAUUUCCUUCUUUGGCUAAUAUUAACGGUCCAGGUAGUGGAUAUGCUAACCCAAGCCAGUAUAUGCAGUCAGGAAGUGCCCUUUCCUGCCAUAUUGGCCCUGUACUGAGAGUUGGCAGUGACAGCACAGCUACUGCUCGAGAUGGAAGGAUAUGCACAAGUAGCCCACUUGCAUCUAUGGGGAUAAUGCAUGGUUCUCCACUAUCAGAUGAUUCUUCUCAGCAUUCUGAUUCUGGCAUAGUUAUAAAAGAAAAUGCUAGUAAUGGGGUCAUCAGCUAUCCUAGGUCAAGGCCUCUUGACAGUGCAAUAUAUUCACAGAUUAUUCUAGCCAUGUCUACUUUGGCUAAAGAUCCAUCUCCUCGAGUUGCAAACCUUGGUCGAAGAACUCUCUCUAUUAUUGGUAUUGAACAAGUGGUUACGAGGCAAUCAAGAUUUAGUGGUGCCGGCAUACAUCAAGGAAAUUCCUCUGCUCCAUCUGCAUCUCCAAAUCUUGCUGGAUUGGCACGCUCUUCUUCAUGGUUUGACAUGAAUGCUGGUCAUUUGCCAAUGACAUUUAGAACACCUCCAGUUAGCCCUCCACGGAAUAAUUACCUCACAGGAUUGCGGCGUGUGUGUUCCCUAGAGUUCAGGCCUCACCAAUUAAAUUGCCCAGACACUGGACUAGCUGAUCCACUUUUAAGUUCUGACGGAUGUUCUGGAGUUUCUGAACGCAGCUUACUUCCCCAAUCAACCAUUUACAACUGGAGCUGUGGUCAUUUUUCAAGGCCGCUUCUUACUGCUUCUGAUGACAAUGAGGAAAUUAUGGCUAGAAGAGAGGAAAGGGAAAGAAUAGCCCUGGAUCGCAUAGCCAAAUGCCAGCAUUCUUCUGUAAGCAAACUUAAUAAUCCAAUUGCUAGUUGGGUUUCAAAGUUUGAAAUGGGUACAAAGGCCACAUUGCUGCUACCCUUUUCUCCUAUUGUAGUUGCUGCAGAUGAGAAUGAACGUAUCAGGGUAUGGAACUAUGAGGAAGCUACACCUUUGAACAGUUUCGACAAUCAUGAUUUAUCUGAUCGAGGAAUUUCUAAGCUCUGCCUUGUGAAUGAACUUGACGACAGCUUGCUCCUUGUUGCUUCAAGUGAUGGAAAUGUUCGUGUAUGGAAAGAUUAUACUAUAAAAGGCAAACAGAAACUUGUAACGGCAUUUUCUUCAGUUCAAGGUCAUAAGUCUGGUGUUCGCAGUAUGAAUGCAGUUGUGGACUGGCAGCAGCAGUCCGGUUACUUGUACGCUUCUGGCGAGGCAUCACCUAUUGUGCUUUGGGAUAUGGACAAAGAACAACUUGUUAGCUCCGUUCCAUCAUCAUCAGACAGCAGCAUAUCGUCACUGUCUGCUUCUCAAAUUCAUGGUGGUCAGUUUGCAGCUGGUUUUGUGGACGGUUCUGUUAGGAUAUUUGAUAUUCGUACUCCUGAGAUGCUUGUCUGUACAGCAAGACCACAUACUCAAAGAGUGGAAAGAGUUGUUGGGCUCGGCUUUCAACCUGGUCUUGAUCCUGCCAAGAUUGUCAGUGCAUCUCAAGCAGGAGAUAUUCAGUUUUUGGAUAUAAGAAAUCACACUGAGGCAUAUCUCACUAUUGAUGCCCAUAGGGGCUCUCUUACGGCCUUGGCGGUUCAUCGCCAUGCUUCAGUUAUUGCAAGUGGCUCAGCCAAGCAGAUCGUGAAAAUCUUUAGCCUAGAAGGAGAGCAGCUGAGCAUCAUCAGAUAUUACCCAACUUUCAUGGCUCAGAGAAUAGGAUCUGUCAACUGCCUCACUUUCCAUCCUUACAGAGUACUCCUUGCAGCCGGUACUGCUGAUGCCUGCAUAUCCAUCUAUCCACUUGACAGCUACCAAACAAGAUAAUUUGUGAUCAGUGAGUUCCAUCAUGGGCGAGAAAAAAGAUGUCCACAUCUUACCCAACCAGCAUGCCUGUUGUCACAUUCAGACUAGCGGGCUGAUCUCUCGCUGAAGCUAUUGGCAUUGUCACCGGUUGGAUAUAUACACCUUUGGCCUGCAUGUGAAAUUUGUAUGUUAUAAUAUUCAUUAGCCUCCUGCAGAAGGUCUCAGUUAAUCCCGUUUCUACUUACCCUUGGAGGCUCUUACAAAUAAUUUUGAUACCUAGGUAAAAGAUGUAAAUAGUUUCCUUUAUUUCAAUGCUUUCUAGCCCCUUUCUUCCCCCCUUUGUUCAAUUUGUAAAAGUGCCAGACUCUUCAUAUUAUAAAUUAAAUAGGGUUGGGCUCUUCCUGGGCAAGGGGUAUUGGUGUUGUAUUUAAAAAAUCCUUGUCUUCCAAGUGCACUUUCUCGCUGAUCUCUAAUUUUGAUGUCCUUAAUGAGCUUUCCUUGC